GCUUCAGUAACUUCUCUCCUGUGGAGCAGAGUGUCAGUAGUAGAGCUGCAGGGCUUUCAGAAGUUGGAGGAAAAGUGGUGGGAGACAGAGAGAGCUGGGCUGCGGCGCUGUGUGUACGCUUUCUCCUGUGUGUGUGUGCGCGUGUGCGUGUGUUUCCAGAGCGGUGUGUGUAGCGCGGACUCGGACACCGGCCGUUCGCUGCAGCACGUUGGAGCGAGUUGGCGACCCUGAGAAGAAACCAUAUCUGGGCAAAGUAUUCAGCUGAGAGCGCGCGGGAGGGAGCGCUGGGGCUAUAUAUAGACCAGAUCAUCAGUGUGUGAGGUCCUGAGGGUUGGAGGGGGAAGUUAGCCGCCUGAGUUUUUGUGCCAGCCCCUCCUUCCUUUCCUUUCCUUUCCUUUCCUUUCCUUUCCUCUUUUUUUCCCCUUUCUUCUUUCAUUCCCCUCCUUCCCUCCCACACCCCACCCCGUUCAUCAUGUCGUUCCGUAAGGAGAUGGAGAAGUAUCGGGAUGUGGAUGAAGACGAGCUGCUCCAGAAACUCAGUGAGGAAGAACUGAGGAGGCUGGAGGACGAGCUGGAGGAGCUCGACCCUGACAAUGCUCUGUUGCCUGCGGGCCUGAGGCAGAGAGACCAGACGAAAAAAGCUCCGACUGGAACAUUUCACAGGGACAACCUGCUGGCACACCUGGAGAAACAGGCCAAAGAGCAUCCAGACCGGGACGACCUGGUGCCCUACACGGGUGAGAAGAGAGGGAAGCCUUGGGUACCAAAGACGAAGGUUGUGGAUCCGAUUCUGGAGGACGUCACCCUCGAGCCGGAGCUGGAAGAGGCCUUGGCUAACGCUACUGAUGCAGAACUGUGUGAUAUAGCAGCUAUCCUGGGCAUGCACACUCUGAUGAGUAAUCAGCAGUAUUACGAAGCCCUCGCCAGCAGUACCAUCGUUAACAAACAGGGCUUAAACAGUGUGAUCCAGUGUACGCAGUAUAAGCCGGUUCCAGACGAGCAGCCCAAUGACACUGAUGUGGAGGAGACACUCCUGAGGAUUAAAAGCAACGACCCUGAACUCGUGGAGGUCAACCUCAACAACAUUAGGAAUAUUCCCAUUGCCACUCUGAAAGCCUAUGCAGAGGCCCUGAAAAACAACACAGUGGUGGAACGCCUGAGCAUCGUGGGAACACGAAGCAAUGAUCCUGUAGCCCAUGCAUUAGCAGACAUGCUGCACGUGAACGCCACUCUGAGGAGCCUUAACGUCGAGUCAAAUUUCAUCACUGGUGCUGGAAUAAUAGCUCUGGUAGACGCGCUGCAGCACAACACCACCCUGCAGGAGCUCAAAAUCGACAACCAGAGUCAGCCCCUGGGAAAUAAGGUGGAGAUGGAGAUCGCCAGCAUGUUGGAGAAGAACAGCACUCUGCUGAAGUUUGGAUACCACUUCACCCAGCAGGGCCCACGCCUACGCUGCUCCAACGCCAUGAUGAACAACAACGACCUGGUAAGAAAGAGAAGGCUUGAAAGUGGCCCCAUCUUCCCUAAAUGUCGGACAAACGUGUAGCAGUGGCAGCAGCAGCAGCAGUGACGGCGCCCUCUUGUGGCCUGGAGGUCUGCGGCAGCCUACGUCUCUUAUUUCUAGCCUCUUUUUUUUUUUCGUCUUAGAUUUGUAAUGCUGGUUUUCGUAGUGUCCUCUUGUCUCACUGUGCACCACUGCAGAGAUCCCUACACAACACAAUCCGUCCUUUAUGGCCUGAAUAUCGAAUGUAACUGCAGAAAGAAUUCUGCUGUUAGAGUUAAAGGUACAGGAAGGAGAUUUCAUCAGAAGGAUUUUGCUAUAAUAUAUAAAUAUUUAAGAGUCAAAGACAUUUUGAUAGAAUCUGCAGUGGAGCUCGGAGACGUCGAACAGUAAUAAGCCUGAGAUUGCCGAGACUGCCGCGUUGAAGACGAUUUACCACCAGCAUUCUCUUCUGUCAACUGCUACUGUAAAUAAUUAGAUUAUUAUUAUUUUUUGGAUAUUAUGGUUUAUUGUGGUUCUGAUGUCUGUGAUCAGCUGAUUCCUGAACCAGCAAAGGAAGCCUGUCAGAGAUUCACAGGCAAACACAAGUACACUUACUUGGACUGCUAUACUUGUGAGGAUUGUUCUGGUACUGUGGGGCAGAAUAGCCCCAAACCUUACCCUGAAGAAAGGAGCUUUGUUGUACUUCAGAGCGCUCCUCACAGUUAUAGCACCACAGCUACACAUAGAUAUUCACAUUGGGGGUGUAACAAUACAAUGUCUUGUGUUGUACCGUGGCUAGCACGCUGGGCUAAGAGGAGAAUUAGUGCAGUGGUUGGUAAGCUAAGCUUUCUCUCACCCCACCAGAUUUGAUUUUAUUCUAUUUUGUUUUCAGUUCGUCACAAAGCGCAACUUAAGCCUAAACUGGUCAGGCUAAACUCCAUGAUUUCUGAAUGAUGCUGUUGCAUUUAUUUGAUAUGUAAAGACAACAAAGCCAGAUUUUUGCGUCUAAAAAAACGCUUAUUGAACAAGGUGUCCGGUGGUGGUUGGUGUGGUGUAGUGUAGUGGGUACAACCUCUGCCUCCUACGCUGCAGACUGGGGUUCAAUACAUACACUAUACCAAUAAGAGUCCUUGGGCAAGACUCCUAACACUGCCUUCGCCUACCUGUGUAAAAUGAUCUUCAGCAAGUCACUCUGGAUAAGGGCGUCUGCUAAAUGCCGUAAAUGUAAGAAAACACAUGAAUAGGAAUGUCAGUCGCUUAAUCUUUACUCUUUAAUUUUUGAUUAAACAAAGCAACAGUAAGCGCUGACCGAUCCGAAUUGCACUCGCACACUUACAUAGUGCAAUGGGCGUAGAAACAAGGAGGUGGUCAUAAUGUUAUGCCUGAUCGGUGUAUGUAAACAUAACGCACAUUUUCGGGAGUUUUUGCCGUAUUAGAGAACGAACUGAAUUGAAACAGCACAGUAUCGUAUCGUAUCAUACGGAAUUACGAAUUUUGUGAAUUGUUACACCCCCAAUACACAAACACACAUACAUGUACUAGAAUGUACUGAAGGUUUGUUCUGUUGUAACAUGAAUGUGUUGUUGUUAUUAUUAGUUAUUAUGCCUUUAACCUGUGUAUGGAGUCACUUCAGUUUUGUUUGAAGACGUGACGUAGGCACAGUAUUGCACAUCUACACUGUAUCUCUGCAUUUACCUACUUAUUUAUGUGCUUCUGGCGUUUCAGCGUGCCUUUCCUUUUUCGCUCUCUCUCCUUCAGUCUUCUCUCUCUCUCUCUCUCUUUCUCAGGUAUAAGCUCAUACCGUAAUAUUGUAAGUAGUAAUAUGCUAAAGUAAAUCCUUGUUAAAUGCACUCGCUGGGAGGUGUGGGUUGUUUCAGAACAGACUUGAGGAAUAAUUCCGGGUUUUCAGCCUCCCCUCGGUCGUCUGCGUUCUGUCGAUUACCAAUGACGGUCAUUUUCGAGUUCGAUUCAAAGUACAAUUUCAUUUUUUUUGUUUUCUAAAGGCAGUUAAAUUGUAUUAGAAUACUAGUGGCCACUGUGUUGUUCUCUGACAGAAACAGCUUGAGCUCAAAUAAACAAACAUUACUCGCCGCCCCCCUGUAAAGGUGUUAUAGCACCGGUCAGUCAGCCGGUUUGCCUUGGCCCAAAUCAGAAAAACUCACCCAGUGAAAUUUAGCUUAAAUAAAUAAUUGUGAGGCCUACAGAAAAACCUGUUGACUCAAAACUCACUCAUAAUAGAAGCGAAUGGGCCGUUGCUGAAUUCUCUCAACAAAUUGAUCGAAAUGUGUCUCCAAAUAACCCAAAUUUAAACUACACCUGUUCCAGGUGUUGGAGAAUGUCUUAAAGCUGUUCUUUGGAAGUUUUAUCCAAUUUGGAACUUUCCAACACCGGAGCAACUAAGUAAGAAAGUAGUUCUGGCGCCAGGAGAGACCACACAAGUGUUCCAGUUUCUGGGUGAAAAACCAGUUGAAUAUUCACCUGGAGUGAGUCAACUGGACACGACUGGUCUCUACAGGAAUUUCCACACCUGUAGGCAUCGGUAGAAGGGGUUCUACUGGUUUGAGUCAUUGUGACUAAACUAGGAAAGAGUAGGGUUUUCCCAUUGGUUUUCUACUGGGAUUUCCACAUGGGGCUCCUUUCACUUUCCCGAGGGUUUUCCUGAUAUCCGUGGCGAUCAGGCGGACCCUGUGAGAACUCCACCCUCACGACUACGCUGGUAAUGAAUGGCCAGAAAUUCUUCCCUCUGGAACCGCAGUUCCACCUCUGAAAGAACCGCGUACACAGGUUCAUUUACAGAUAACUGAGUGACGUCUCACACAGGAAAUGUUGCUUGAGGAAUUCAGUAAUUGCCUAUUGACUUCUAGGGAUGAACUGAAAUUGCGGUAAAGGACAGUAAACUACAGGUAAGACUGAUGGAGAUCAGGUUGAGAAGGUUGAUGGAGAUCAGGUUGCGGUUAGCUUUGCAUGGUUUGCUGGGUGAGUAGUUUAAACUCAGGCUAUACUCCACUGUACUCAGUCGGCAUCCAGUCCUCUCGCCACAGUACUCCACUUUACUCCGUCCCGGCUCGGCUAUACUGCUCGAGGCGUUUGUCCGUCAGGCAGUGCAGCUCAACAAAGUACGGUUACUGAUCCAAACCCAGAACCCUGCUUGAGUACCUGUGUCCAGUUUCCAUAAAGAUCGCUUAACGAUACUUGUGAAAGUAGGCAGUGUUGUCUGGAGGUUGUGUGGUGGUCACUUGAUUUCACACACAAUGCUAGUGUUAAUGCUGACCUCAACAGUAGCAACCUUGACUUCAAAUUACCUUUAAAGCGCAGUCGCACGUGACACUGGCAGCUCACGUUGCCUUGCGAAAUGUGCGUGACCAAAGAUUGGAAGCUUGGAUCUAGAUAACUACUGCGUUCGAUCCCUGGUGAUGCUACGGCCAUCCAUGGCCGGGAGUCCAAGACAGCACAACUGGCCUUGCUCUCUCUGGGUGGGUCUGUUAGCUGACGUAACAGAUCUGGCGGUUGACGCUUUCCACGAAGUUCAGCUGUCCAGUGACGUUGUGUCACCAGCAGUUCAAAAAGGUGCGGUGGCCCUUGACAGGUCUCAGAGGAAGCCUGUGGUAGCUUUCGCCUUCCUAGCACUGGUGGUAUCGUGUGAUUGGGGGAGUCCUAACUAGAGGGCGGAAUUGGGGAGAAAAUUGGAAAACAUUAAGAAAUGUAGAUGACUGGUGAUGGUAGUCUUGGUUAUCUACUUGAGGUUAGCCAACUCGUCUACCAUCUACCAUCUAAUAGAGUCUCCUGGCUGACUGCGCAUCCAGCAGUCACUCUUGAGUCUUUAGUGCUUCGUCCAUUUUGGAUUAUCAGUGCUGCUGCGCAAAGCCCCGCCCCUUUAGAGGUCAGCCAAUGGAGUAGCACCAAAGCAGUGGCGUCGAGGGUCGAGGACACAAAUUCCCAUGUCAACCGAAGUUGAACUAAAUAUGAAGUUCCGCAUUUCUGAUUCCAGCAAAAAUUUAAAACCAAGUCGAUGUAAAUCCACUCGUGAUAUGUGACGACUACAUUUGACCAAUCAGUGGACUACACUGUUUAAAGCUUCACCCAUAAGUCCAGUCUCAGUAUGCUUGGUACCGUGAUAGACAGGGUAACCAAACUCAACACAGGGACUCAAACGUAAUGGGUCACCCGGCAUCAGAAAUGACGAGAAACUGCGUGAUUAGUGACCGUCCCAUACUUCACUGCACUGUCCGAUGGAAAAUCGUAUGUAUGUUUCUGUUCUGAAUGAUUCUCAGUCGUACUCCACUACAGCACCGUACUGAGCCUGUCUACACUGGGCCGUGCUGUUUUCUCCUCAGUCAGCUGUUAGUGUGGAGGAGGACAUACAGGGAAUCGCAGUUUAUCUCCCGUCGUACGGUCGCGUUAGUUCACCUUACUGACGUUUGUUAUUUUGUUGUUUGUUUUUUGGUUAAUAAAGAUUGGAAUUACUGUGUGUA